GUAUAUUAAUGUAAAUACAUUGCAAAUAAUUAAGAGAAAAAAUGACACAUAUCAAAUAUUAAAAGUGCCAAAUGUCAAAAACUUCUAUUUUUGGUGCACGUUUGUUUAAUUGGUGCACGUUUGUGUUCUAAUUUUUGCAUGGCCUUUAAAACUUCUAUUACAUAAAUAAACAAAAAAAAAAAACUAUAAAUAACUACACCUUCAUGUUCUUUAAAUUCAUAUUACUCCGAAGUACAUUUUAGAUUUAAAAAAAAAAAAUGAAUCGCCUCAUAGCUUUUUUGUUAAUCAUUGCUUUGUCUUUUGGAUUAAAUGAAGCUUGCGAAGAUUGCACAAUAAUAUUUCGAAACGCACUCGGUCCUGGUACUCUUCUCAAAGUCAAUUGCGAAUCCAACAGUAAAAAUCGAGUCACCGGCACAGUGAAAUUCAAAAGUAUGCCAGUUCGUAUAAAUUUCCGUGAGGCUGCAUUUGAAAGAACAACAUGGCAUUGCUUAGUGCAACAAGGGAAGUCUUUUCAAUACUUUAGAGCAUACAGAGGAAGUGCUCCAAUUCCUCGAUGUGGUGAGUUACGUGUAUAUAUUGCCAAACGUGAUGGGAUUUAUUUAUCCGCAAAUGCUGGUCCAGAAAAGCUCGAUCAACGUUGGACGACAAACUAAUGUUUUUUUUUCUUUUCCGUAAUGCUAAUUUAUGUUUAUGAAGCUCAAGCUUUCUUUCGAUUUUGGUGCUUAAUUAAUAGACACAAAUAUGUAACAAAAGUAUGAAUCCAUUGAAUAUAAUGUAUCAUGUAUGAAUCUGCA